CAUCAACACGUUUUUCGCAACUGUUGAAUAAGUAAUUAAAAUUUUUAAAGUAAUUAAUAAAGGUUUUUAAAGUUAAAUUCGACAUGGGAAAAAAGCGCUCAAAAACACGAUCUUGAUCAAGAUCUCGAUCACGAGAUUCGAAGCGCAGGAAAGACGACAAAUUGGACAAACUCAGUUCUCGCGUGGAUAACCUCACAAAAAUUGUUGAGGCAUUGGUGGAAGUUCAAAAAGAAGAAUUUUCACCAGCUAGUACUAAUAAAGUACCGAGUACUGUAGAGAUUAUUGAAGGUCCAUACGAUCAUGCCAAUUUGUGAUUAAGUUCAACAAGAACGAAAAUAUCACCAGGUCCAUACGACCAUGCCAAUUUGUGACUGAGUUCAACAAGAACGCAAAUAUCACCAGGUCCAUAUGAUCAUGCCAAUUUGUGACUGAGUUCAACAAGAUCACAAAUAUCACCAGGUCCAUAUGACCAUGCCAAUUUGUGACUGAGUUCAACAAGAACACAAGUAUCACAAGUGCACAAAGAAUACCUUGCUAAUUUUUUAUUUCGUAAUUCUCAGAUGCUGAAAGUAAUAAAGAAAAUGAUCCUGAUAUCGGAAAUACCGUGAAGGAUACUUCAGAGGCUGAGCAGAUCGAGAGUGACGAAAAAGACCAAGCGGGGCAAGAACCAGCUAAAGACUUCAUCUUGAAGGUCUUAGGAAUGGAUAUUGACGACUGUACGUUUAAAGACGUAAGAUAUCAUUCAGAAUUAAAAAAUAUCUGGUUGAAGUGGAAAACUGAGGGUCUUCCAGAGAAGAACAAGAAAGAGAUACUGAAAGCCUACAAUAGAAAGGAUGAUUUUUAUACAGAAUCUCCCAAAUUGAACCUGGAGAUAGUACCGUUGCUUGCCGACACAGCAAAAAAGCGAGAUCAGCAUUUUGCUGAGACUCAGAAUUGUGUUGGUACGGCUAUAUCUGCUUUGAGUGCCGCUGUCUCCAUGUUGUUAGAACAACCCGAAGAAGGAGUUGACGAGGAUCUCCUUACCGACUACAUAAGUCAUGCCGGUCAGAUCCUCAUAGACGUCUUUUACCAACAGUCGGUAGCCAGGAAGUCGUUCAUUACUCCGCAUUUAAACAAGAACAUCAAGCCGAUAGUCGGCUCGAUGUUAUCAAAUGAAUGGCUAUACGGUGACGACUUCAAGAACAAAGUCAAGGAUGUUAAGAAGAUAGAAAAGGCAUGCGCGGAUAUUAAAGAAAGUUCUGCAGCCAAAAUAUCUUCUAAAUCACGAGGCCAGGGAAACGGAAAAUGCCCACCUGCGAAUUACCGUCAGGUGGGCCAGAGCCAGAGAUAUCGGUCCUUGAAGUUCAAACCGAGAUCACACAUGACGUAUCAGCGUCAGUCCAAGUCAACAUCCCGGAUGACGAGCCAGUCGCCAUCGAGGAAGUGAAGAAGAACGAUCCGAGCAGUCUAAGUAUAUUAUUUUGCGACCCAAACACAUAGAGAUAUUCCAGAUAGAGGAGACAAACCAUCUGCGAUGGUGUAAGUGGAAAUGUCUCUGCAUGAAUAUAGCAGCAAAAAACAAAAGGUUGAUAUUGACCUGACAAAAACAGAAUUACUAGAAAGAUGUUUAAGUGGCCUCACAUUUAAAAUAAUAAUGAGUGCUUCAACAAAUGCGUUUGGGCUAUGGUGCCUAAACACCUAUUUAAUGGUAAAAAAAUUGUUGAAAUAGCUUUUAAAUUGGCAGCUUGUAUAUUCAACGAAAGUUUUGAUCCAAUAUUGAAAAUAAUGCACGUUUUGGUGAUAAAACUUGGCCCUAUCGCAGUCAAUUACGCUAGUAACCGCGGCAAUACGCGCGUGCGCUCAGCCAAUUGUUUGAGCGGAGAAGCUUUGAUAGAGGCCAGGACACAAUAAAAAAAGGCUAGAGUGAAAGAAAAUGAGUAUUUUGAAGAAGCAGAAGGCAUACUGUAUGGUGCAGGCAUCGCAG